CUAUGAUUCUAGUGGCUGAGUGACGUGGACGGGUGCUUUAUAUAUACUCGUGUCUGCCCUCCAUAUCCAACUUUUACGCACAGCUCCAACAGCGCUGCUCCAGCUCACCUGCCACAAAAAGCCACAUUUUUCUCGGGGCCGUAUUAGAAAGCAACAGCUGCAUUUGUCGAGAGGGUGACAAUUAAAAAAAAAAAAAAAAAAAAAGACGGACGACCAGCUGCCUUUGCACACUGUAAACCGGAUCAUUUAAUCCAUCACUGGCCUGACAUAAGUGGUUUCUUCGCAAGUCCAUCAGAAAAGUCUCCAGGCUGUCUUUUCAACUCUUCUCAGGCUGAACUUUCCCCCUGCGAGUGCGCGCUUCCCGUCAAGCUGCUAAAGUUUUUUUGCGCACAAUUCAACACAUACGUGUCACUGAGGUAUAAAAGUGGAUAAAACCGUAAUGAUGAGCACCAACUACGGCGACGACCAGCUGCCUCCCCAGUACUACCAGGCCACUGAUUUCGGAGAAGAGGAGGACGACGAUAUGCCGGCCACGGAGAAGGACCUGGCUGAGGACGCGCCGUGGAAGAAGAUCCAGCAGAACACCUUCACCAGGUGGUGCAACGAGCACCUCAAGUGCGUCAACAAAACCAUCAACGACCUGCAGAAGGAAUUUAGCGACGGCCUGAAGCUCAUUUCGCUCCUGGAGGUCCUUAGCCAGAAGAAAAUGUACAGAAAGCACCAUGUCAGACCCAAUUUUCGCCAGAUGAAACUGGAAAAUGUUUCUGUGGCGCUUGAGUUCCUGGACAGGGAGCACAUCAAACUGGUCUCUAUAGAUAGCAAAGCCAUUGUGGAUGGGAACCUGAAGCUGAUCCUGGGUCUUAUCUGGACUCUCAUCCUUCACUAUUCCAUCUCUAUGCCCAUGUGGGAUGACGAGGAUGACGACGAGGCUAAGAAACAAACCCCUAAGCAGCGUCUGUUGGGCUGGAUCCAGAACAAAGUGCCCCAGCUGCCCAUCACCAACUUCAACCGGGACUGGAGGGACGGCAAAGCUCUGGGAGCGCUUGUCGACAACUGUGCCCCUGGUCUGUGCCCUGAUUGGGCGGAGUGGGACCCAAGCCAGCCUGUGGAGAAUGCCAGGGAAGCCAUGCAACAGGCUGACGACUGGCUGGGCGUUCCUCAGGUGAUUGCCCCCGAAGAGAUUGUGGAUCCAGAUGUGGAUGAGCAUUCGGUGAUGACCUAUCUGUCUCAGUUCCCCAAAGCAAAGCUGAAGCCCGGAGCUCCUCUGAGACCUAAACACCUUUUUCCAAACAAGGCCAAAGCUUAUGGACCUGGUAUUGAGCCUCAUGGCAACAAGGUUUUGCAGCCGGCUGUGUUCACUGUGGAGACUUUAGAGGCAGGAAGUGGUGAAGUCUUAGUCUAUGUGGAAGAUCCUGAGGGACACAAAGAGGAGGCUAAAGUUAAGCCCAACAAUGACAAAAAAAGAACCUAUACUGUCACCUACGUUCCAAAAGUUGAAGGUGCCCACAAGGUGAAGGUGCUAUUUGCAGGACAAGAUAUUGACAAGAGCCCCUAUACAGUGAAUGUGGUGAAGGCUAUGGGCGACCCCAGUAAGGUCCAUGCUCGAGGGCCUGGUUUGGAGCCUACGGGCAACGUGGCUAACAAACCAACCUACUUUGACAUUUACACUGCUGGUGCUGGUAAUGGCGAUGUCAGUGUGAUCAUCGUCGACCCCCAGGGAAAAAAGGACACAGUUGAGCUUGUCCUCGAGAACAAGGGGGACUGUGUUUUUCGUUGCACCUAUCGCCCCAUCAUGCAGGGCCCGCACACCAUCCACGUACUGUUUGCGGGCCAGGAGAUCCCCAGGAGCCCUUUCACUGUCAACGUCGCAGAGGCUACACCCGUUGCUCCUCCCGUAGGAGCUCCGCUGCAGAUAGUCCCUCAGUCAGUGCGCACCCCUCCUGGAGUCAAGGGUAAAAAAGGGGCUCCACCCUCAAAACCUGGCCGCCCAACCAUAAAUCCAAAUGCCUGCAGAGCAAUGGGCAGAGGCCUUCAGCCUAAAGGCGUGAGAGUAAAGGAGGUUGCAGACUUCAAAGUUUUCACCAAAGGAGCUGGGAGUGGAGAGCUGAAUGUCUCGGUCAGAGGGCCAAGUGGUGCAGAGGAACAAGUGAAAGUGCGAGAUGCAGGAAAUGGUGUGUACGAAUGUGAAUAUUACCCCCUGAAGCCUGGUAAAUACACAGUCAGCAUCACCUGGGGAGGUCACCCUAUCCCACGAAGCCCCUUUGAAGUGGAAGUAGGUGCAGAGGCAGGUUUUCAGAAGGUGAGGGCCUGGGGUCCUGGACUGAAGACCGGCAUGGUGGGAAAAUCUGCUGAUUUUAUUGUCGAGGCAAUCGGCACUGAAGUAGGAACUCUGGGCUUCUCCAUCGAAGGUCCAUCUCAGGCUAAAAUUGAGUGUGAUGAUAAGGGGGACGGCUCCUGUGACGUGCGCUAUUGGCCAACUGAGCCUGGCGACUAUGCAGUGCAUGUCAUUUGUGAUGAUGAGGACAUAAAGGACAGCCCCUUCAUGGCUCACAUCCUCCCCGCAGCCAAUGACAUCUUCCCUGAGAAGGUGAAGGCGUUCGGUCCAGGCCUGCAGCCCACUGGUGUCAUUGUAAAUAAACCAACUGAAUUCACCGUUGAUGCCCGCAUGGGUGGGAAGGGUAAACUCAAGAUCUAUGCACAGGACGCUGAAGGCUGCACCUUCAACAUCAAGAUUACUGACAAGGGAGACGGUACUUUUGUGUGUGCCUACACUCCUGUCAAACCCAUUAAGCACACUAUCAUCAUCGCCUGGGGAGAUGUUAAUGUGCCCAACAGUCCAUUUAGGGUGCUGGUUGGAGAGGGUUCUCAUCCAGACAAAGUCAAGGUCUAUGGGCCUGGAGUGGAGAAGACAGGACUGAAGGCUAACGAGCCAACGUACUUCACUGUGGACUGCAGUGAAGCGGGCCAAGGGGACAUCAGCAUUGGAAUUAAGUGUGCCCCAGGGGUGGUUGGUCCAGCUGAGGCAGACAUUGACUUUGAUAUCAUCAAGAAUGACAAUGACACCUUCACUGUCAAGUACACUCCUCCUGGCCCAGGCCGCUAUACCAUCAUGGUGUUGUUUGCUGACCAGGAAAUUCCUAUUAGCCCAUUCAAAGUAAAAGUGGAUCCUUCCCAUGAUGCUGGCAAAGUGAGAGCAGAAGGCCCUGGACUCAACAAGACAGGUGUGGAGGUGGGCACUCCAACUCACUUCACCAUCUACACAAAAGGAGCAGGCAAGGCCAAGCCCGAGGUUCACUUCACAGCAUCAGGCCCAGGAGAGGCCGUUCGUGACUUUGAGAUCAUCGAUAAUCAUGAUUACUCAUACACUGUCAAGUACACUGCUCUUCAGCAGGGCAACAUGGCAAUUUCAGUAACUUAUGGAGGCGAUCCCAUUCCCAAGAGCCCCUUCCAUAUCACAGUGGCCCCACCUCUCGAUCUUGGAAAGGUCAAAGUGGAGGGACUAGACACUAAAGUGGAGGUAGGAAAGGAUCAAGAGUUUACAGUAAACGCUAAAGGUGCUGGUGGGCAGGGCAAUGUGGGCGUGAGGAUGACCUCACCAUCUGGCCGACCAAUCCCUUGCAAACUAGAAUCAGACAAAGCCAAAGGUGCUCACAAUGUGAAGUAUAUUCCCCCCGAGGAGGGGCAAUACAAGGUUGAUGUCAGCUAUGAUGGCAACCCGGUGAUGGGAAGCCCAUUCGGAGUAGAAGCAGUGAUGCCUGCUGAUCCUUCAAAGGUGCGAGCUUAUGGCCCAGGCUUACAGGGAGGAAUUGUAGGGAAACCAGCUCCGUUCACUAUCAACACCAAAGGUGCUGGUGCUGGUGGUCUGGGUCUGACUGUGGAGGGACCCUGCGAGGCUAAAAUUGAGUGCCAGGACAAUGGGGAUGGCACAUGCUCAGUUUCCUAUCUGCCCACUGAGGCAGGGGAGUAUGCCAUCAACAUCCUGUACGCUGAAAAGCACAUCCCUGGAUCUCCCUUCAAGGCUGCAGUGCGUCCAGCCUUUGACCCCAGCAAGGUGACUGCUAGCGGACUUGGUCUGGAGAGGGCCAAGGCAGGUGAAGCAGCGACAUUCACUGUGGACUGCACCCGGGCAGGGGACGCCGAACUCACGAUUGAGAUUGUGUCAGACACUGGGGUUAAGGCUGAAGUCCACAUCCAGAAAACUGCUGAGGGGAUCUUCUCUGUUACAUACAUCCCGUCAUUCCAAGGCACUCACACAAUCACUAUCAAGUAUGGUGGCCACAUUAUUCCACAAUUUCCCAAGGUCCUACAAGUUGAGCCUUCUGUGGACACCAGUGGAGUGCACGUCUACGGGCCAGGAGUGGAGCCAAGAGGAGUUCUUCGAGAAGUGACAACUCACUUCAUUGUGGAUGCUCGCAGCCUCACCAAGGCUGGAGGGACCCAUGUGAAAGUUCGCAUAAUCAACCCAUCCGGCAGUAACACAGACACCUACAUCACUGACAAAGGUGACGGCACCUACAGAGUGGAGUAUACGGCGUUCGAGGAUGGCAUGCAUCUGAUCGAGGUGCUGUAUGAUGAUGUACCCGUACCAUCGAGUCCCUUCAGGGUAUCAGUGGUGGAGGGAUGUGACCCGACAAGGGUUCGUGCCUAUGGGCCAGGACUGGAGGGGGGAAUAACCAACAGACCCAACUGUUUCACAGUGGAGACCAGGGGUGCUGGUACAGGUGGACUGGGCCUGACGAUCGAGGGUGCCUCAGAGGCCAAAAUUUCUUGCAAAGACAACAAAGAUGGCAGUUGCAGUGUGGAGUAUGUACCCUUUACCCCUGGAGACUACGAUGUCAACAUUAACUAUGGAGGUUACCCAAUUCCUGGCAGUCCAUUCCGUGUGCCCAUACGGGACCCUGUGGACCCAAGUAAGGUCAAGUGCUCUGGUCCGGGUCUGGGCACUGGUGUAAGAGCUCAUGUUCCUCAAACAUUUACAGUUGACUGCUCUCAGGCAGGUCAGGCUCCACUGGACGUCAGACUCUAUGGCCCAACAGGUAAUGUAGAACCAGUUGGUGUGAAGAACAACGGUGAUGGUACCCACACAGUUCACUACACCCCAGCCCAGGAUGGUCCUUACACUGUAGCUGUCAAAUAUGCAGAUCAGGAUGUCCCACACAGUCCAUUCAAGGUAAUGUCUUCACCUGGGCAUGAUGCCAGCAAGGUCCGCGCUAGUGGCCCUGGUCUAGACACCAAAGGUGUUUGUGCUAGCAUGCCUGUUGAGUUUACGAUCGAUGCCCGUGAUGCUGGAGAGGGACUGCUCACUGUGCAGAUCCUGGACCCAGAGGGAAAGCCUAAGAAUGCAACCAUCCAGGACAACAGGGAUGGGACAUACACUGUUUCCUAUGUACCAGACUCCACUGGCCCAUACACCAUUACUAUUAAAUAUGGAGGAGAUGAGAUUCCUUAUUCCCCAUAUCACAUUCAGUCCCUUCCAACAGGAGAUGCCAGCAAGUGUCUACUCACAGUUUCUAUUGGAGGACAUGGCAUGUCAAGUCUUCAGAAGCUGCAGACCUCAGAGGAUACAGUCAUCACCGUAGACGCCAAGGCCGCCGGGAAGGGCAAGGUGACCUGUAAGGUGCUGACCCCACAGGGAAUGGAGCUUGACAUGGAUGUGGUGGAAAAUCACGAUGGAACCUUUGAUAUUUACUACACGGCUCCUGAGCCUGGGAAAUAUGUUAUUACCAUACGGUUUGGUGGACAGAACAUCCCCAAGAGUCCCUUUCAUGUCACGGCCACAAAUGAGCCAGUUGUUCCCCGUGACACCGUGGAUCCUCUCUUUCGUCCUCUUAACUUCGUUGUUCCUUUUACACCACAGCAAGGAGAACUCACAGGGGAGGUGCGUAUGCCUUCAGGCAAAACUGCACGGCCACAUAUUACGGAUAAUAAUGAUGGAACCAUCACCAUCAAAUACCAGCCAACAGAGCGAGGUCUGCAUGAGAUGGACAUCAAAUAUGAUGGCAACCACAUUCCAGGAAGCCCUCUGCAGUUCUUUGUGGAUGCUGUGAACAGUGGGUUGGUGACAGCUUAUGGGCCAGGUCUGAGUUACGGCAUGGUAAACAAGGCUGCUACUUUCACUGUGGUCACCAAGAAUGCAGGAGAAGGUGGUCUGUCACUGGCGGUGGAGGGCCCUUCAAAGGCAGAGAUCACAUGUAAGGACAACAAAGAUGGUACCUGCACUGUGUCCUACCUGCCCACUGCUCCUGGGGACUAUAACAUCAUUGUCAAGUUUGACAACAAACACAUUCCUGGCAGUCCCUUUACCGCUAAAAUCACUGGCGAUGACUCGAUAACCAGGACAUCCCAGCUGAACGUUGGGACAUCUGCUGACGUGUCCCUGAAGAUUGCAGAGACUGAUCUGAGCUCUCUGACUGCCAGUAUCAGAGCUCCAUCAGGCAACGAGGAACCCUGCCUGCUCAAGAGACUGCCCAACAGACACCUUGGUAUCUCUUUCACCCCUAAAGAGGUAGGUGAGCAUGAAGUGAGCGUGAGGAAGAAUGGCAAACAUGUGGCCAACAGCCCUUUCAAGAUCAUGGUUGGCCAGUCGGAGAUCGGUGAGGCCAGCAGGGUGAAGGCUUUUGGAAAGGGCCUGGUGGAAGCACACACUUUUGAAAUGGCAGAAUUCUUUGUGGACACUAGGAAUGCAGGUUAUGGAGGUCUAGCAUUGUCUGUCGAGGGUCCAAGCAAUGGAUAUAAUUGUGAAGAUGUUGAGGAUGGCACGUGCAGAGUGACAUACUGUCCUGAGCCUGGAAGUUACACUGUUAAUAUCAGAUUUGCUGAGAAGCACAUCCCAGGAAGUCCUUUCACAGUGAAGGUGACUGGAGAAGGAAGGAUCAAAGAAAGCAUCACCAGGAAGAGGCAGGCGUCUUCCAUUGCUUCAGUGGGAAGCACAUGUGGUCUUAACCUUAAAAUCCCAGGAAACUGGUUCCAAAUGGUUUCUGCUCAGGAGAGGCUCACCAGGACAUUCACCCGUAGCAGUCAUACCUACACACGCACUGAGCGCACAGAGAUCAGCAAAACCCGUGGCGGAGAGACAAAGAGGGAGGUCAGAGUGGAGGAGAGCACUCAGGUGGGAGGAGGAGGAAGCCCCUUUAGGGAUGUUUUUGGAGAUUUCUGGGCAGGGAGAGCCUCAAGGCAGCUUUGCCGGCAUCACCAGCAAGACCUGAGGGUGAGCGUUGAGAGUGGUUCUCAAGCCAUGACAGCUCAGGUGACCAGCCCCAGUGGGAAAACGGUGGAUGCCGACAUUGUGGAUGGGGGGAAACAGCACCUACAGCCUGAAUUCAGUAUCUGGACCAGAGAAGCCGGCGCCGGUGGUCUUUCCAUUGCUGUAGAGGGCCCCAGUAAGGCUGAAAUCUCCUUUGAGGACAGGAAGGAUGGAUCUUGCGGUGUCUCCUACAUAGUCAAAGAGCCAGGUAUUGAGCCUCAUGGCAACAAGGUUUUGCAGCCGGCUGUGUUCACUGUGGAGACUUUAGAGGCAGGAAGUGGUGAAGUCUUAGUCUAUGUGGAAGAUCCUGAGGGACACAAAGAGGAGGCUAAAGUUAAGCCCAACAAUGACAAAAAAAGAACCUAUACUGUCACCUACGUUCCAAAAGUUGAAGGUGCCCACAAGGUGAAGGUGCUAUUUGCAGGACAAGAUAUUGACAAGAGCCCCUAUACAGUGAAUGUGGUGAAGGCUAUGGGCGACCCCAGUAAGGUCCAUGCUCGAGGGCCUGGUUUGGAGCCUACGGGCAACGUGGCUAACAAACCAACCUACUUUGACAUUUACACUGCUGGUGCUGGUAAUGGCGAUGUCAGUGUGAUCAUCGUCGACCCCCAGGGAAAAAAGGACACAGUUGAGCUUGUCCUCGAGAACAAGGGGGACUGUGUUUUUUCGUUGCACCUAUCGCCCCAUCAUGCAGGGCCCGCACACCAUCCACCCAUAAAUCCAAAUGCCUGCAGAGCAAUGGGCAGAGGCCUUCAGCCUAAAGGCGUGAGAGUAAAGGAGGUUGCAGACUUCAAAGUUUUCACCAAAGGAGCUGGGAGUGGAGAGCUGAAUGUCUCGCCUGGUAAAUACACAGUCAGCAUCACCUGGGGAGGUCACCCUAUCCCACGAAGCCCCUUUGAAGUGGAAGUAGGUGCAGAGGCAGGUUUUCAGAAGGUGAGGGCCUGGGGUCCUGGACUGAAGACCGGCAUGGUGGGAAAAUCUGCUGAUUUUAUUGUCGAGGCAAUCGGCACUGAAGUAGGAACUCUGGGCUUCUCCAUCGAAGGUCCAUCUCAGGCUAAAAUUGAGUGUGAUGAUAAGGGGGACGGCUCCUGUGACGUGCGCUAUUGGCCAACUGAGCCUGGCGACUAUGCAGUGCAUGUCAUUUGUGAUGAUGAGGACAUAAAGGACAGCCCCUUCAUGGCUCACAUCCUCCCCGCAGCCAAUGACAUCUUCCCUGAGAAGGUGAAGGCGUUCGGUCCAGGCCUGCAGCCCACUGGUGUCAUUGUAAAUAAACCAACUGAAUUCACCGUUGAUGCCCGCAUGGGUGGGAAGGGUAAACUCAAGAUCUAUGCACAGGACGCUGAAGGCUGCACCUUCAACAUCAAGAUUACUGACAAGGGAGACGGUACUUUUGUGUGUGCCUACACUCCUGUCAAACCCAUUAAGCACACUAUCAUCAUCGCCUGGGGAGAUGUUAAUGUGCCCAACAGUCCAUUUAGGGUGCUGGUUGGAGAGGGUUCUCAUCCAGACAAAGUCAAGGUCUAUGGGCCUGGAGUGGAGAAGACAGGACUGAAGGCUAACGAGCCAACGUACUUCACUGUGGACUGCAGUGAAGCGGGCCAAGGGGACAUCAGCAUUGGAAUUAAGUGUGCCCCAGGGGUGGUUGGUCCAGCUGAGGCAGACAUUGACUUUGAUAUCAUCAAGAAUGACAAUGACACCUUCACUGUCAAGUACACUCCUCCUGGCCCAGGCCGCUAUCCCAUCAUGGAAAUUCCUAUUAGCCCAUUCAAAGUAAAAGUGGAUCCUUCCCAUGAUGCUGGCAAAGUGAGAGCAGAAGGCCCUGGACUCAACAAGACAGGUGUGGAGGUGGGCACUCCAACUCACUUCACCAUCUACACAAAAGGAGCAGGCAAGGCCAAGCCCGAGGUUCACUUCACAGCAUCAGGCCCAGGAGAGGCCGUUCGUGACUUUGAGAUCAUCGAUAAUCAUGAUUACUCAUACACUGUCAAGUACACUGCUCUUCAGCAGGGCAACAUGGCAAUUUCAGUAACUUAUGGAGGCGAUCCCAUUCCCAAGAGCCCCUUCCAUAUCACAGUGGCCCCACCUCUCGAUCUUGGAAAGGUCAAAGUGGAGGGACUAGACACUAAAGUGGAGGUAGGAAAGGAUCAAGAGUUUACAGUAAACGCUAAAGGUGCUGGUGGGCAGGGCAAUGUGGGCGUGAGGAUGACCUCACCAUCUGGCCGACCAAUCCCUUGCAAACUAGAAUCAGACAAAGCCAAAGGUGCUCACAAUGUGCGAGCUUAUGGCCCAGGCUUACAGGGAGGAAUUGUAGGGAAACCAGCUCCGUUCACUAUCAACACCAAAGGUGCUGGUGCUGGUGGUCUGGGUCUGACUGUGGAGGGACCCUGCGAGGCUAAAAUUGAGUGCCAGGACAAUGGGGAUGGCACAUGCUCAGUUUCCUAUCUGCCCACUGAGGCAGGGGAGUAUGCCAUCAACAUCCUGUACGCUGAAAAGCACAUCCCUGGAUCUCCCUUCAAGGCUGCAGUGCGUCCAGCCUUUGACCCCAGCAAGGUGACUGCUAGCGGACUUGGUCUGGAGAGGGCCAGGCAGGUGAAGCGCGCCAUUCACUGUGGACUGCACCCGGGCAGGGACGCCGAACUCACGAUUGAGAUUGUGUACAGACACUGGGGCACUCACACAAUCACUAUCAAGUAUGGUGGCCACAUUAUUCCACAAUUUCCCAAGGUCCUACAAGUUGAGCCUUCUGUGGACACCAGUGGAGUGCACGUCUACGGGCCAGGAGUGGAGCCAAGAGGAGUUCUUCGAGAAGUGACAACUCACUUCAUUGUGGAUGCUCGCAGCCUCACCAAGGCUGGAGGGACCCAUGUGAAAGUUCGCAUAAUCAACCCAUCCGGCAGUAACACAGACACCUACAUCACUGACAAAGGUGACGGCACCUACAGAGUGGAGUAUACGGCGUUCGAGGAUGUAAGCAUGCAUCUGAUCGAGGUGCUGUAUGAUGAUGUACCCGUACCAUCGAGUCCCUUCAGGGUAUCAGUGGUGGAGGGAUGUGACCCGACAAGGGUUCGUGCCUAUGGGCCAGGACUGGAGGGGGGAAUAACCAACAGACCCAACUGUUUCACAGUGGAGACCAGGGGUGCUGGUACAGGUGGACUGGGCCUGACGAUCGAGGGUGGCCUCAGAGGCCAAAAUUUCUUGCAAAGACAACAAGAUGGCAGUUGCAGUGUGGAGUAUGUACCCUUUACCCCUGGAGACUACGAUGUCAACAUUAACUAUGGAGUUGACUGCUCUCAGGCAGGUCAGGCUCCACUGGACGUCAGACUCUAUGGCCCAACAGGUAAUGUAGAACCAGUUGGUGUGAAGAACAACGGUGAUGGUACCCACACAGUUCACUACACCCCAGCCCAGGAUGGUCCUACACUUCCAUUCAAGGACCCAGAGGGAAAGCCUAAGAAUGCAACCAUCCAGGACACAGGGAUGGGACAUACACUGUUUCCUAUGUACCAGACUCCACUGGCCCAUACACCAUUACUAUUAAAUAUGGAGGAGAUGAGAUUCCUUAUUCCCCCAUAUCACAUUCAGUCCUUCCAACAGGAGAUGCCAGCAAGUGUCUACUCACAGUUUCUAUUGGAGGACAUGGCAUGUCAAGUCUUCAGAAGGCUGCAGACCUCAGAGGAUACAGUCAUCACCGUAGACGCCAAGGCCGCCGGGAAGGGCAAGGUGACCUCAAGGAGAACUCACAGGGGAGGUGCGUAUGCCUUCAGGCAAACUGCACGGCCACAUAUUACGGAUAAUAAUGAUGGAACCAUCACCAUCAAAUACCAGCCAACAGAGCGAGGUCUGCAUGAGAUGGACAUCAAAUAUGAUGGCAACCACAUUCCAGGAAGCCCUCUGCAGUUCUUUGUGGAUGCUGUGAACAGUGGGUUGGUGACAGCUUAUGGGCCAGGUCUGAGUUACGGCAUGGUAAACAAGGCUGCUACUUUCACUGUGGUCACCAAGAAUGCAGGAGAAGGUGGUCUGUCACUGGCGGUGGAGGGCCCUUCAAAGGCAGAGAUCACAUGUAAGGACAACAAAGAUGGUACCUGCACUGUGUCCUACCUGCCCACUGCUCCUGGGGACUAUAACAUCAUUGUCAAGUUUGACAACAAACACAUUCCUGGCAGUCCCUUUACCGCUAAAAUCACUGGCGAUGACUCGAUAACCAGGACAUCCCAGCUGAACGUUGGGACAUCUGCUGACGUGUCCCUGAAGAUUGCAGAGACUGAUCUGAGCUCUCUGACUGCCAGUAUCAGAGCUCCAUCAGGCAACGAGGAACCCUGCCUGCUUAAGAGACUGCCCAACAGACACCUUGGUAUCUCUUUCACCCCUAAAGAGGUAGGUGAGCAUGAAGUGAGCGUGAGGAAGAAUGGCAAACAUGUGGCCAACAGCCCUUUCAAGAUCAUGGUUGGCCAGUCGGAGAUCGGUGAGGCCAGCAGGGUGAAGGCUUUUGGAAAGGGCCUGGUGGAAGCACACACUUUUGAAAUGGCAGAAUUCUUUGUGGACACUAGGAAUGCAGGUUAUGGAGGUCUAGCAUUGUCUGUCGAGGGUCCAAGCAAAGUGGAUAUUAAUUGUGAAGAUGUUGAGGAUGGCACGUGCAGAGUGACAUACUGUCCCACUGAGCCUGGAAGUUACACUGUUAAUAUCAGAUUUGCUGAGAAGCACAUCCCAGGAAGUCCUUUCACAGUGAAGGUGACUGGAGAAGGAAGGAUCAAAGAAAGCAUCACCAGGAAGAGGCAGGCGUCUUCCAUUGCUUCAGUGGGAAGCACAUGUGGUCUUAACCUUAAAAUCCCAGGAAACUGGUUCCAAAUGGUUUCUGCUCAGGAGAGGCUCACCAGGACAUUCACCCGUAGCAGUCAUACCUACACACGCACUGAGCGCACAGAGAUCAGCAAAACCCGUGGCGGAGAGACAAAGAGGGAGGUCAGAGUGGAGGAGAGCACUCAGGUGGGAGGAGGAGGAAGCCCCUUUAGGGAUGUUUUUGGAGAUUUUCUGGGCAGGGAGAGCCUCAGCAGCUUUGCCGGCAUCACAGCAAGACCUGAGGUUGAGAGUGGUUCUCAAGCCAUGACAGCUCAGGUGACCAGCCCCAGUGGGAAAACGGUGGAUGCCGACAUUGUGGAUGGGGGGAACAGCACCUACAGCGUGCGUUUUAUUCCCCAGGAAAUUGGACCCCACACUGUUAACGUCAAGUACAGGGGGCAGCAUGUUCCUGGAAGCCCCUUCCAGUUUACUGUGGGCCCAAUGGGAGAAGGGGGCGCACAUAAGGUCCGCGCAGGAGGCACCGGUUUGGAAAGAGGUGUUGCAGGAGCACCUUCUGAAUUCAGUAUCUGGACCAGAGAAGCCGGCGCCGGUGGUCUUUCCAUUGCUGUAGAGGGCCCCAGUAAGGCUGAAAUCUCCUUUGAGGACAGGAAGGAUGGAUCUUGCGGUGUCUCCUACAUAGUCAAAGAGCCAGGUGACUACGAGGUGUCAAUCAAAUUCAACAAUGAGCAUAUUCCUGACAGCCCAUUCAUCGUUCCAAUCGCGACACUGUCAGACGAGGCCCGCAGGCUGACUGUCACCAGCCUUCAGGAAAAGGAUUUGAAGGUGAACCAAGAAGCUUCUUUCAUGGUGCAGCGCAACGGGGCACGAGGUGUGGUGGACGCCAAAGUCCACACACCCUCCGGGUCCUCUGAGGAGUGUUACGUCACAGAAUUGGACAGUGACAAGAGUGCAAUCCGCUUCAUUCCACGAGAGAACGGUGUUCACUCCAUAGAUGUUAAAUUUAAUGGGUGUCACAUCCCAGGAAGCCCAUUUAAUGUACGGGUGGGAGAUCCGGGGAUGGUUGGAGAUCCAGGCAUGGUAACUGCACAUGGUCCUGGACUGCAGGGAGGAACCACAGGUGUGCCCUUAGAGUUUGUGGUUGACACCUGCAAAGCAGGGUCAGGAACUCUGUCGGUCAACAUUGAUGGCCCGUCCAAGGUCAAGAUGGACUGUCGGGAGUGUCCCGAGGGAUAUAAGAUCAACUACACACCCAUGGCACCUGGAAACUAUCUCAUCGCUAUCAAAUACGGCGGGCCGCAGCACAUCGUGGGCAGUCCUUUCAAAGCUAAAAUCAUAGGCGCACGACUGUCAGGAGGACACAGCCUCCACGAGACAUCCUCCGUCUUGGUAGAGACAGUUACUAAGACCUCAAAAGUGGGCGGGGCCUAUAGCUCUUCUUCUUCCACCACCUCAGCUAAACUGACAUCUGAUGCCAGUAAGGUGAUUUGUCGUGGCGCAGGGCUGACCAAAGCUUUGGUGGGCCAAAAAAACAAUUUUUCCGUCGACUGCAGCAAAGCAGGUACCAACAUGCUGAUGGUGGGAGUGCAUGGACCUCAUGCUCCCUGUGAGGAGGUAUAUGUGAAGCACAUGGGCAACAAGCUCUAUAACGUCACCUACACCAUCAAAGACAAGGGCAGCUACACCGUCAUCGUCAAGUGGGGUGAUGACAAUGUCCCUGGGAGCCCUUAUAAGGUGGCCGUGCCUUAA